AUGCUAUUAGAGAAAUAUGGAAUCGAACACUACAAGUCUUCACCUUACAGACCACAAGCUCAUGGGGCAGUGGAGGCGGCAAACAAAAACAUCAAGAAGAUAUUAAGGAAGAUGGCAGAAAACCACUAUGAUUGGGCUAGCAAGCUACAGUAUGCUUUAUGGGGAUACUGGACCACAGCCAAAUCUACGAAUGGGGCAACACCCUUACUCUUUAGUCUCGAUGGAAAAAGGCUUAGUGUCCGCUUCAUGGACCAACUGUGUAAAAGGAGGAUAGCUAAGCACUUCAACAAGAGAGUUCAUCCAAAGCUACUAAGAGUAGGGGAUUUGGGUAUGAAACAGAUGCAGCCGAACACUCAUGACCCAAGGGGGAAGUUCAAACCUAACUGGGAAGGCCCAAUUCUGAUCAAGAGAAUGUUUUCUAAAGGUGCAGUGAAGCUAUUAGACUUGGAAGGCAAUGAGUUUAUCGAACCAAUCAAUGUGGAUAGAUUGAAGAAAUUUUAUGUGUAG